CUCAUUCGUUUACUUAGCGCACUUGCUCGGAUCUAUAACAAAAUUAUCCAUUUACACGGGCCAAACUUUCGGCAUAAUAAUUAUUCGGCUUUGCAAAGUACAGCAGCAACGAAAACUGCAUGGAUGAAGCUGCUUCUGCGCGCGCGUCAGGGAACUGAGAGAUUUCGGCCGCCCGCCGCUGGAUCUUUCAACCAAUUCUCGUGGCAGUCCGCGCGCUCGUCACGUGAGCGUCGGGUCGAGUCCUCAUGUGGCUCCGCGGUUUGAUUCUCGGCCUCGUCGGCGUCGUGCUUACACGGUUUGGUAUCUGCGACGAGCACGAGUACCGACUGACCAAGUAUCUACUGGACGGUUACGACGCAGGAGUCCGACCAGCGACGAAUUCAUCGGAACCACUGGUAGUCGCUUUCGGCCUCGCUCUUCACCACAUCAUCGACGUGGACGAGAAGAACCAAAUCCUGACGACGAACUGCUGGCUGACACAAGCCUGGACGGAUCACCAUCUGAAAUGGAACGCUUCGGAAUUCGCCGGCAUUCGCGUGAUUCGCGUGCCGUACAAUCGCGUUUGGCGGCCUGAUACUAUUCUCUACAACAACGCGGAUCCGCAGUACAGCUCGGCAGUGAUAAACACGAACGUGAUAGUGAGCCACACGGGGGAAGUGGUCUGGUUGAGCCAUGGAAUCUUCCGCAGCAGUUGCGACAUCGACGUCGAGUACUUCCCGUUUGACGAGCAGAGAUGCAUGCUCAAGUGGGCCUCUUGGACUUACGACGGUUACCAACUGGAGUUGGAGAGGCAGAGCGAGCAGGGUGACGUGAGCAAUUACCAAGCGAACGGCGAGUUCGACCUCGUCGAUUUCUCGGCCACGCGCAACGUGCAGUUCUACUCGUGCUGCCCCGAGCCCUAUCCAGAUAUCACUUACGAGAUCAGACUCCGCCGGAGGCCCAUGUUCUAUGUGUUCAAUCUAAUUUUGCCGUGCAUACUCAUCAACGGCAUUGCGUUACUGGUGUUUUACGUGCCAUCGGAGUCCGGCGAAAAGGUCACCCUGGGCAUCUCGGCGCUUCUCUCGAUGACAGUCUUCCUGAUGACCAUUCGGGAGACUCUACCGCCAACUGAGAAGACUCCGCUCAUAAGUCUCUACUAUGGCGUGAGCAUAUGCCUGGUGUCGUUUGCCUCGGGACUGGCAGUAGUCACGCUUAACCUGCACCAUCGCGGGGUACGCGGAGUCCGCGUGCCAGCCAGUAUUAAGUCUCUCGUUCUUGGCAAGCUCGCCAAAGUCCUCUUUCUCAAUUUCCAGGAGGAACAUCCGGAAUCUGUAAAGAGAAGAAAUUGCUCAAUGCACUGUAAGAACGAAACAUCUACGCAUCACCAUCAUCAGCAACAACCACAACAGCCAACUCCAUCUCUACCGCCGCAAAAUACGUCACCAAAAUACGUUGGCCGAAGACACGCAAGUGAUUACAAUAGUCCAACUUUAGAGGUGAGCAAAGAUGGGAUGGUCGACUCGCAUUGGGCAAAGGUGAUUGGUCGCGUGCAGACAACGAUAGAGAAAAAUGAGAGGCGGCUUCUGGAGCAAGACAAUCGCGAGCGCACCGAAUUAGAGUGGAAGCAGGUCGCUCUGGUGAGCGAUCGCGCUCUCCUCUGUAUUUUCUUCUUCACAACUGCGAUAAGUACGGCGGUGAUACUUUGUGGAUCGCCGCCUACCGACGGAAAAUUGGCCGUUACCGUUGGCAGCUAAGCU